UCGACAGCAAGAGCAAUUCGAGAGAUAAAUGACGAUGAUAAUGACGAUAAUGAAUUUUUGGAUGCUUCUGAUGAAGCUCAAGGUGAUCUUUAUAGUCGUAGUCUCCGAACGACUGAGGAUAAUGAUAAUGAAUUGACGGUAGAUGAAGAUGAAGCUGACGUUUAUCAUCGUCAUCGUAGUGUUGUUACACUUGAACAAAUCCUUUUUCCAAUUUUACAACGAGGUCGAGGAACCAUUUUUUCAAGUUUCGAUGGCCCUUUUAUUGAUGAUCUUAAUAAAUCUAUGGCUGUUGAUCUCAAUGAACCUAUGGCUGUUGAUCUUAAUAAAUCUAUGGCUGUUGAUCUUAAUGAAUCUAUGGCUGAUGAAAUAAACCAUCUCUUUUCACUAACAUAUAAUCUCUCUUCUCUAAAUACUCAUUCUGUUCCAUCAUGUUCUUCUAGGAUCCGGCAUACAAUCGGAUAUCCCGACUUGGCGAAUAAGUGUGUUUCUCUGGUAGUUGUAUUUUUAUUUUCUUUCUUUUUUUAGCAUUAUUUACUAAAUAAAAGAAAAACUGUUUAAAAAAUGUCGAUGAAAUGAUUGCUUCUCUAUUUGAUGGAAUGUGUGAACAACCUUUAGAUCCACAAGUUCACACCAUGGAAAUAGCUCGCUUUCCAGAAUUAAUAAGUACACAACCAGUACUAAAUGCUAUUUAG